AUGGAGCGAUCGGCGACGAGGGGUUUGUCUUCGGGGUUUUACGAGGCUGAAGUGACGGAGGAAAUGGUGGAGUGUCGCGAGGGUCGAUGGGGUGAGCGAUUCAAGGGUUCGGUGGGAGGAACUGACGAGAGGAGAAGAGGAGUGCGAGGGUGGGGCUGUUACAUCGAUCAGAAACAAAAAGAUAAUCAGUUGAGGAAAAAGGGUGUUUGGCUGUUUGUUGUCCACCGAAAGGUUGACAGGGAAGGAAAACGGAUUAAGAAAAAGAAAGUGUUUAUGUUCUUCCUCCUGAUUGUUCACGAUCAGAAGAUGAUAGAGUGUGUUUGAGUAUCGAUUUUUUUUUAUCUUUGUACAUUGUUUUGAGUGUGGUUUUGGAUAAGCUGAAGGUUAGAAGCAAGUUGUACAAUAAUUGAGGACCUUAUAAGUUUCAUCCUUGUUUGGCUGUCAAUUUAAGAGUAAAGAAUAUAAGUUUUAUUUUAGUAUUUGGUAUUAUGUAUUUGUUUUUCUAUGUAUGUAAUGUGUGU